AUGACAGAAACUCCCACAGACAACAAACCCAACAAGCGAAAUCGCCCAUGUCUUAUUGCCAUAGGAGUUGUCCUGUUUCUGAUCCUGUUGAUGUUCAUCAUCUGCCUCAUACUUGCCCUCACCGUUUUCAAGCCCAAACAGCCGAGAACCACCCUCGUCUCCGCCACCGUCGACGGCGUGGCUCCACUUGUCUCGUUCCCGGCGGUCAAUAUCAGGCUCAACAUCUCCGUUGGUCUUGUUCUCCUCAUAGAGAAUAGGAACCACGCUAGCUUCAAACAUGGGACAGGGAAGAGUUUACUGCUGUACAGAGGAGUUCAGGUUGGAGAUGCUGAUCUUUACCCUGGUGAGAUUCCGGCGAGGGGUAAUGGUACGAUGUCGGCGAAGCUGACUAUGCAGGCGGAUCGGCUGGCGUCGGAUAUGAACAAUUUGGUCACUGAUGCAUUAGGUGGUGAAUUCGUCAUUGAAGUAAAGUCGAGCGUUCCGGGGAGGAUUACUUUCUUGGGGUUCAUCAAGAAGCAUGCAGUUGCUGUAUCUGAAUGCGAAUUGACUGUUGGGGUUCCCAAUUUUAAGAUCAAGAAUCAAGUUUGCAAAAACAAGACCAAGCUAUGA